UUCACUUUCCCUUCAAUUUGCAGUCUCUUCUCUCCAGUUUUGCCUCAAUUCAUCAAUUAUUUCUGCUUUAUGAUGCCUAGUGUAAUGAAAGAUUCAUCAGAGAAGGACUCCGAGGCGUUUGUAGAAGUGAAUCCAACGGGUCGAUAUGGGCGAUACGGCGAGCUUCUCGGCUCAGGUGCGGUGAAGAAAGUAUAUAGAGGAUUUGAUCAAGAAGAAGGAAUUGAGGUAGCUUGGAACCAAGUGAAACUAAGAAGCUUUUCAAAUGAUCCAUCAAUGAUUGAUAGGUUAUACUCAGAAGUGACAUUGUUAAGAACCUUAAAGAACAACAACAUCAUUGCCUUGUACGAUGUAUGGCUCGACAAAGCUCAUGGAACACUAAAUUUCAUUACCGAGGUUUGUACAAGUGGGAACCUUAGAGAGUAUAGGAAGAAGCACAGGCAAGUGUCUUUGAAGGCUUUGAAGAAAUGGUCCAAGCAAAUUCUCAAGGGUUUGCACUAUUUGCAUACUCGUGAGCCUUGUGUUAUUCAUAGGGACUUGAAUUGUAGCAACCUCUUUGUCAAUGGCAAUGUCGGGCAGGUGAAAAUUGGUGACUUGGGCUUGGCUGCAACGGUGAGAAAGAAUCACUCAGCUCAUUCAGUGCUUGGGACGCCAGAGUUCAUGGCACCUGAGCUAUAUGAAGAGCAUUACACUGAGCUUGUGGAUAUAUAUUCAUUUGGAAUGUGUUUGCUUGAAUUGGUCACUUUGGAAAUCCCUUAUAGUGAAUGUGACAAUGUUGCCAAAAUCUACAAGAAAGUGUCCUCCGGUAUUAAGCCACUGGCCCUUGCCAAGGUCAAGAACCAUGAGGUCAAGGCUUUCAUAGAUAAGUGUCUUGCUCAAUCUCAAGCUCGGCCCUCCGCUGCCGACCUCCUCCUCGACCCCUUCUUCAGAGAAAUUAACGACGAACACCACGACGAUUAGUAGUGUAGUAUUCAAAUAUAUGUAAAUACACAUCAGUCUAAUUAUUUUUUCAUUAUCACA